CUUCUACUCCCCACAGCACGGGUGCGUGUCAGGACAGCAGCAGGAACCCAAACACAGCCAGUCCGAACACGGAGACCCAGAUCACCCGGAAGACUGCACUCGGGACGCCGACAGACUCCAGAUAUCGUUUAAUCAUGGCACAGAUGUUCAGCAUCUCUGACAAUGAGUCAGAGACUUCGGAAGACCACGAGGAAUCGGGCCAGAUGAAAAAUAACAAUGGGUCACCACAGAGAAAGCAGCAUCUCUCUGUGCCUGACAGGAUGAAAGGAGAACAACUAGGGAGACACAGGAAUCUUUCCAUGAAUGAUGAGGACCUGCUGGAGACCGGGGCGGCAGAUGAAGGCGAUUUGGUUGGAGGAGAUCCUUUCAGGCCAAGAUCCCGCUCGGCUCCUCCUGCUUUGUGGGCAGCUAAGAAGUACGGGCAACAGUUAAGGAGAAUGAGUGAUGAGUUUGACGUCCUCCUUGAUAAAGGGAUGAAGAGGGUGAAGAGCGCAGGAACAACACGUCAAAUGCGGCAGUCCCCCAGCUGGCUGGCCUUCCUUUGGAGUCACAAAGAGUCUGAUGCCGAGUCGCGCCCCGCAGAGUGAAUGACAGAGGGAGAGAGAAAAGAGGACUACUGUACAUAACAAUAGGUGACAGAAGAAAAGGAUGCACUGCUGUGAAGAGAUGUGAAGGAAUAAUUCCACUGACUGGUUUUAAACCCUUUUCGUACACUGCACUGGACCCUUCACUGUGGAAAAGCAUGAUCGGUUUCUCACUGGCAUGCGCUAGCCCACAAAAAUGACAAAACCAGAGAAUCUCCCAUUUUCCUUGAGCUCUGGAAAUAUUAUGCAGUAAAUCUUGUGAAUGUGAGAAAGCUGGAAAUGAGCUUGCUCAAAUCAUAGACUUCCUGUCACUCUGCCACAUCGGUUUUCAUACUCGGAUGAAAUCAAGACAUUGAAGGUAUUUUAUUAUACGAUAUCUGUUAAAGGAAUUUCUAACAAUAUUUUCGGACCAUCAGCUGUAAAAAAUCUGUUUUUACUGUAAAGGGACUUUGGCCACUUUGAAGAGUCAUUCUGCUUUAUUACCAUCUCUUCAGUCAUAAAAAUUUAUUGUAAGUUUCUACAGUUAGAAACACAAAAGCUGAAAAACAACAAUGGGUCUAAAUACCCAUAAGAGCAGGGGGCACAAUCAGUACUGGUAUUACUUGAACAUAACAGAUUUUCGAUGCCUUGUAACUUUUUUAUUAAUUAAAAACUUCAUUAUGAUGUUAUUGUUUGUAACAAAUAAAGCAUAUUAGAAAACAAAUAAAACACUUUCAGCACA